GUGUAAUAUCUUUGGUAGUGUAAAAUAACUUCCACGAACUCGUCAUUGGUCGUCAACUGCUGUUGAGUACUGAAUAACUAUGGCGCGAGGUAGUAGUGCCGGGUUUGAUAGACAUAUUACUAUAUUUUCUCCAGAAGGGAGAUUAUAUCAAGUUGAAUAUGCAUUCAAAGCUAUAAGCCAAGGAGGACUAACGUCGGUGGGCCUGAAGGGAGUAGACACUGCAGUUGUUGCCACGCAGAAGAAAGUUCCUGACAAGCUGAUAGACGCAUCGACAGUGACGCACAUAUUCAAGCUGUCGGACAGCAUCGGCUGCGUCAUGACGGGAAUGAUUGCCGACAGCAAGUCGCAGGUGCAGCGGGCGCGCUACGAGGCGGCCAACUGGCGCCACGUCAACGGCUACGAGAUCCCGGCGGACGCGCUGUGCCGCCGUAUCGCCGACAUCUCGCAGGUCUACACCCAGAACGCGGAGAUGCGGCCCCUCGGCUGCAGUAUGAUCGUCGUGGCGUACGACGAGGAGCAGGGGCCGUGCGUGUUCAAGACGGACCCGGCCGGUUACUACUGCGGCUACCGCGCCGUCACGGUGGGCGCCAAGCAGACCGAGGCCAACAGCUACCUGGAGAAGAAGCUCAAGAAGAAGCUCAACUACAGCGGCGACGAGGCCAUACAGUUGGCAGUAUCUUGCCUGUCGUCUGUGCUGGCAGUAGACUUCAAGCCGUCUGAAAUUGAAGUUGGGGUGGUGUCGAAGGACAAUCCGAAGUUCAGGAUUCUGACAGAGCAGGAGAUCGACGUCCACCUGACGGCCAUCGCGGAGCGGGACUGACGCUGAAGCGGCGACUCGGAAGUCCGCCGACAGGUCCGAGGUCGUCUGCCGAAGAGUCGCGGGCACUUUGCCACUUUUGGAGAAUGUGCUGUCUUUUCUUUAAAAGUUACUCUGUUUGGCUGGCACGCUAUUUGCCUCCAUCCUUGUUGUCAGUGAUUUUUAAAUAAUUUGUGUAACACACAGGUCUGGUAAUAAAUGAAGUGUCAUACA